UUGGGCUUGGCAAGCAUUGUAACCCCGGAAUAGACACUGGGAUAUUGUGCAGUGUUGUUUUCUUAGCCUUUGUUUGUUGUAAUUUCACAUUCGAAAUGGCAGAAGAGAUAUUGUUGAUCGCGGGUGUUGCGAUUGCGGUGCUGAUGAUAUUUCGUAUUUAUGUACGUGGAGCGCAAUGCAAAAGUAAGGCUAAACUGCAUGGCAAGACGGUCAUCGUUACAGGUAGUAACACGGGCAUCGGUAGAGCCACAGCGGCGGAUUUAGCGCGGAGAGGCGCGCGAGUCAUUCUGGCCUGCCGUAACCAAAUACGCGGCCAAGCUGCUGUCGCUAUCGUGCAACGAGAAAGUGGAAGUAAAAAUGUGGUGUUCAUGGAGCUGGAUUUGGCCAAUUUGAAGUCAGUGCGCUCCUUUGCAGAGACCUUUCUCAAGACAGAGAGAAGACUGGAUAUUCUCAUCAACAAUGCAGGAGUUUAUAUGCAGGGCACUACUGAUGAUGGUCUUGGUCUUAUGUUUGGUGUCAACCACCUUGGUCACUUCCUUCUGACUAACCUAUUGUUGGACAGAUUGAAAGAGUGUGUGCCAAGCCGCAUUGUCACUGUAUCUUCAUAUUUACAUAAUUAUGGGAACCUUGACUUUGACACACUUCGCACUCACAAGGAGUUUGGAGUAGGUGAGUCUCCUGCGAGUGUCUUCUGGAUAUAUUCAAACAGCAAACUGUGUAAUGUGCUCUUCACACAUGAGCUCGCAAGGAGGCUACAAGGAACCAAUGUGACCUGUUACAGCCUCCACCCAGGUGCUAUAAACUCUGAUCUGACCCGUAAUAUGACUAAAAUGUCCAGAAGGUUAUUGAAACCCAUCGCAGCUCUGUUCUUUAAGGAUGUAGAGGCCGGUGCCCAGACGACUCUACACUGUGCUGUGCAGGAGGGCAUUGAAUCCCUGAGUGGCAGGUAUUUCUCCAACUGUGAUGUGCAGAAAGUGAAACCCAAGGCUCAAGAUGAUGCUGUGGCCAAAAAGCUAUGGGAAGUGAGUGAGACAUUAUGCGGUCUGUCCUGAAUCAUGAAUUGGAUACUAGCACUCAGAAUAUGUUGUUCUUAUUGCACAAAUUGCAGGUGUAACAAUGUCAAUUAUAUGUUUUACUAAAAUCAUCUGUCUUUUACUGAUUCAUGAAAAGAAAAUAAGACAUAGUUGGAGUACAACACAUUUAAUUGUUUGUUAUAUUGUCAUAUUCACUUGAAAUAAAACCCUAACAUUUUUUUUAAUUCAGUGACGCAAUCAUUAAAAAAAACAUCAUUAAAGUUUCUCAAAAUAAUUUGUCUUUGUUUUACUGCAGAAAUUAUAUUGCAAUUUCUAAGAGUAAUAUGAUGAAAGAUUUGAUCAAAUUAAGUAACCUGCUUGUUUCAGUAUAAAGAGAAGAUAAAAUACUCAAAUGCCUAAAAAUGUAUCUUUUUGUGAUCUUUAAAGGGUCUUUAAAUGUCUGUUUAUAAGGAAGAUCACUACUAGAGAUGUGAUAAUACAAUACAAAUUGUGUACGUAUUUUGUUUUUGCUAUAAACAUUUAAGUAAAUUGUUACUUUUU